AUGAAAUUUAAGACAGAAGAGGAUGCCUAUGAAUUUUAUUUGAAAUAUGCUAAACAAGUUGGAUUUGACAUAAGAAGGAGUAAAAGCCACAAUGAUAAAUCGGGUAAAUUAGCUGACAGGAUUUUUUAUUGUUGUGCACAAGGAAAAAGGGGAAAAGACAAACGAGAUGUUUAUGUGAAAUCUCAUCGUCCUGAAACAAGGUUUGGUUGUGAUGCUAAAAUGAAGAUUAGUUGUCGAAAAAAUGGCAACUUGAGUGUGGAGCAAUUUGUUAAAGAGCAUAACCAUUAUCUUUCAAGUCCAAACAAAACUCACCUCUACAGAAGUCAUAGGAAUAUAUCAUCUUCUGCGGCAAUACAAAUUGACAUGGCAAGUGAUGUGGGAAUCCAUCAAAAAGCAUCUCAUGAUCUUAUGGUGAAACAAGUAGGUGGGAGGGAUAAUUUAGGUUUUAUUCCUCAAGAUUACAACAACUACUUGCGAGCCAAAAGAACAAGAAAUAUCAGAGUUGGUGAUACAGGAGUUGAUGAAGAUGAUUUGAUAACUAAUAUUUUUUGGUGUGAUGCUAAGAUGAGAGCUGAUUAUGGCAAUUUUGGAUAUGUUGUUUGCUUUGACACAACCUACAGGAAGAAUAAUGAAGGUCGUCCAAUUGCGUUGUUUGUGGAUAUUAAUCAUCAUAAUCAAUCCAUAAUUUUUGGUUUCCGCCUUCGUCACGUGUUUCUCACGAGAAAAACUGUUCAAAGACGAAGCAGGAUGUUCGACGAGGAACUACGGAGACGAAGCAGGAUCUCCCGUCGAAGGUGGGAAGGGGUCGCGUCGAAGGUGGGAAGGAGACGCCUGUUGCCGUCGACAGUUGGAGGGGGAUUUCGCACCGGCGGACCUGCCGAAAGGGAUAGAAGCCUCGCCUGUUGCCGUCGACAGCUCGCCUUCGUUGGAACAGACGCCUCGCCUGUUGCCGUCGAUAGCUAG